UUUUGGGCGACGGCGAGGUGGAUGGUUCGUGUGCUGUGAUUGUGUGAUUAGGUCACGGGGUGUCCUGUUUUGUCAUUUAUCUCUUGGCUGGUUUACUCACUCAACCGCAAAACUGGGUCUGUGGCAGAGUUCGCCGCUCAGUGACAUGAACAACACAUGCGGCCACUGUGGGAGGCCCGUGUAUUUUGCGGAACGCAAAACAUCCUUGGGACGUGACUGGCAUCCGAACUGUCUACGUUGCAAGGAAUGUGCCAGGGUUCUUACCCCGAGUCAACAUGCAGAGCGGAAAGGUCUUCCCUACUGCCACAACUGUUACAAGACUCUGUUCGGGCCGCUGAUUCUGGGAUAUGGGUCGAACCUGCACUCUCCGGCCAACUACAAACGCAGCAGUCAACAGGUGGACAGGUUAUCCAAUUCCAGCGACCACGAUGAGGACUACACGACAGAGAUAUUCAGUUUCAACUCCAACAGAGAAGCGAACAGUGCAAUAAGAACGGAGACACAACCAAACCAAAAGUACCACGUCAUGUACAAGAAAGUGGAACCCCCGGAUAAAAGUUUUCACACAGAACCCCCGGAUAAAAGUUUUCACACAGAACUCCCGGAUAAAAGUUUUCACACACAACCUCCAGAUAAUGGCUUUCAAUCAGAACCUCCCGACAAAGGAUUUAAUCCGGAAAAUCCGGAUAAGAGCCAAGAUAAAGAAAUUGAAAAUGAAAACCUUCAUACGCCACAGGAGGAGGAAAUGCUGAAAAAAGUUGAGAUCUACAAUGCAUAUUAUGAAGGCAAAAUCAGAAAUCAAAUUACUACAGACAAUCAAAAUGGAGAAUUGGUGAUCAGAGGUCCAUUGCGGAUAUACUGGGGUUUAUUCCGGCCCAUCCAGCUGAAGGAGAGCGAUGAUGUGAAACCUCUCCCGAUCUCCAACUGGCGGCACAGUCUGUACCCAACAGGCUCCUCGCCAAAAACAACGGUUCCUUCCUUUUCUGUAACUUCCAACGGCUUUAGUCCCACCAAGCAGCAGAUACAGAGUGGGACGUUGAAGGCCCCGUCGUCUCCGACAUUCCGUGGUGUGGACGACAGUGUGUUAUCGCAGUCGGUGGACGGUGUGGUGCGGCGGAAACACAUCAAGAAGUUCAACACUGUCGCAUACAGGGGCGACCGACCCACUAAGUGGAAACGAGCUUCCAUUAAUGGUCACAUCUAUAAUUACGAUACGAGUGUAUUCACACCGGUUCUUGGCAGCAGUACAAGUGUCACGGUAUCCAGCUCUAUGCAGACGUCACAAGUCAUCACAGCUUUACUAGAAAAAUUCAAGGUUCAGAACCAGCCAGAAGAAUACCACUUGUCUAUAGUGUCGGAGAAAGGGGAGAGAAUCCUGUCAGACAGUGACUACCCUCUUGCAGAACGGAUUCUAAACCUGGGUCCUGAUGAGACGGAGUACAAGAUAUUCAUCAAAGACCGCGAGUUGGAACCACAGAAAGACUCGCCAGUCACAGUCGCUAUACCAGAAGUGGAAGAACACGAAAACUUACCUGACGAGGUUGAGACAUUACUAAUUUUGCCUGAGGCUGUUCUUAGAGGAUUCUUAAGGAAAUUCCAACAAGACGAAGAAAACGAUGUGCAGACAUUAAAAGCCAGGUAUGAGAUGAUUAAAAAGAAAAUCAGCAGCAGACUGGAAGAAAUGCAGAGAAAUUCAGCAACAAGCACAGCAUGAGUGUGAUUCAACCUACUAUAAGUUACAACAAUCAUGUGUGUGUACAUGCGUACAUGCGUGCAUGCGUAUGUACAUACAUACAUGCAUGCAUGUGUUUAUGUGCAUGGGGAUCCCAGCAACAUUGCCUACUAAACAGUCCCACACUGGUAACCGAGUCGGCACAGUCCAGCGAUAAAGCCCAUUGACCAGAGUCUAUUACCUGUAUAUUUUCAGGAAUGAUCCUUGAAACUGGACAGAAGCUGUUUGACAAAUCUGGUUUUCAGACAUUUCUUCUUUUUAUUCUGGUUUCUUCUUCCUUUCCCACAACACACCCUCUACCCUCUUAGUAAUUGAAAUGGCAACAAAUUGUGUAUAUAUUUUUCGGAUUGUUACCAAAAAACCCAACUAAAAACACAAACAAAUGAACCAAAACACUAUCUAGUCUUUUCUCUGGCACUAAAACAGGUUUAGUUGGUAUUCCAGAUCUUUAAGAGUGUGCGAUGUCUUGAAGUGAACUAAAUAGUCUCCCAAGACGUGCAGGGCCAAAUUUAUGAAGCCUGUUUUUCUUAAACACCGGUAUUUCAGCAUUGUAACUGUAUGUAGUUAUACAUGUGUCAAUGCUUAAUUUUAACAUAGGCUCAUUAGAAUUUACAUGAGGAUGUACAUCUGUAGACUUUUUCUGAGGCAUCAAAUACCAUUGCAUUGGCACUGCCCAUCUGCCUUCUUUGUGUUCUCUAUGGUCUAAACGGGUAAAAAUUGUAUGGCGACUGCUCCUUAUAAAUCAAUCAGUUCAGAUGUUAUCCUGUCCUGUAUGCAACAAAAUCAAUUAUGUAAAUAAUUAUUAGUGGGUGAAGAAAGAAAAAUACUUAGUCAUUUACAUAACAUUGGCAGCUAAAUUGAUCCAUUUAACAUGAAAUGUUGCAGGAUUUUCUAAACAUUUGCAAUAAAUGAUUAAACUGGUCUAUUAAUUACAGGUCCGAUUGAGCUUAAUUCCUGAUUUAAAAUAUAAAUAUUUGUAAAAUUUAAUAAACUAAUUAAGAUACUAUUCAUAUAGUAAACAGCAAUGUAUAUAUAUAUAUAUAUAUAUAUAUAUAUAUAUAUAUAUAUAUAUAUAUAUAUAGAUAUAUAUAUAUAUAUAUAUAUAUAUAUAUAUAUAUAUAUAUAUAUAUAUAAAGAGAAAAACUAAUGCAGAAUAAUAAGUAAUAAUCCAUGAUAAGAGAUUAAUGGAAGACUUUGUAUGUUACUUUGAUCCAGAUGGUUGGUUGAAGAAGGCUAUUCAUUUUGUUUAUUGUUUUGCAUACCAAUAUUUACUUUGGACAGUUUCAUGGAUUACAUAUGUCUGUAUGUCCAGCUAACUUUGAUUAAAAUUAAAUUGUCCUUAAAAGGAUUUUGAAAAUGUCAUCUGUAUGUGGGAAGUGCAUAUAAAAGAUCCCUUGCUAAUAACGGACAACUUUAAUAGGUUUCCUCUGAAGCCAGCAUGUCAGAAUUACCAAAUAUUUGACAAAACGUUUAUUUUCUUGUAUGUACUCUGUAGGUGUAUACAUUUGUAGGAAAAAUAACAGUAAGUACUGCCAGUUAACCGAAAGUGAACAUGAAAGUAGCAAGACACAAUAUUUCAUGCCAGUCAUUGUUUGUGUGUAGAUUACACAAAUUUUAAUAUACUCAAACCACCAAGCAAACAGUACAUGAUUAAUCAACUACAUUUGGAAAUUGACAGUUGUAAACUGUAAACUAUUGCAAAUUAAUUUCUAGACUGAUUUCAGACACUUGAAAAAUAUUACAUAAUUUCCAAAAUCAGUUUGUUUAAAAUACAUUUGGAAUAUCGGUGUAUUACAGACCUAGGGCCUAAUUCACUUUGCGAUCCAGUACAAGGCUAAAAGACUUGCAAAGAGGAUGAUUUGUUGUCUAGCACAGCCUAAGAGAACUUUGUGAAUCGGGCCCCAGUAGUACGUAUUACAAUUUGGUUACUCAUCGGUUGUGCAAAUAAAAUUCACAUAAGUGAACAAUUGUUUACCUAGUUGAAAUUUAUGCAUACCCAACUCUGGUUAGCAAAUAUUUUGAAAUACUGUCCCCCUGAAGUAGAUGAGGGUAUGUGAUAUUUGAGGGGGUGUGAUAUUUGUGUGAAUUACAAUGCUGUAAAGAAUUUACCAGUAACAAUUUCAGAGCCUCCGGUAAGAGUACAUUACCAUAGCUGUAUCAAGAGGUUGAGUGGGGGUGGGGUGGGGGAGGGGGGAGGUGUGUGAGUGUAUAAAAAUAUGAUUUGGGUAUUGUAAAAAAAUUAAUUAGUAUUCAAAACAUCUAUAUUGCUUAAAAUAUUUAUUUUAGUGUUACUUUUUUCCCCAUUACAUCCAGAAGAAAAAUUAUAGCUAUAAAUGUAUGUGGUGUUUGUCGUUUUCAUAUAAUAAAUGUUAUAAAAGAUUUAGCAAUAGGGUUAUACCUAUUGGUGAAAAGAAAACAGAACUACAUGUAUGUUUAAAUGUUUGUUUGCAGAUUACUGUAAAUUAUUAACUGGAAUCCCAAGAGUUUUUAUUUAUUAGAGGUCAUGGUGUUAAGUUGCAAAUUACUGUAAUGGAAAGUUCCCCCUAUGUUUGUGUAGAAUACUUCUUCUUUUUUGUUGAAAACGACCAAGUAUAAAGUCUGUUAGAAUUCCUAACAUAACCUUUAAGCUACUUCUUUUCUUUCUUGCAUGUUGUCUAAAUGUCACAAGAGUUGUAUACAUAUUUUGAAAAUAAAAAAAGAAUCUGUUACUGAAGUUGAACACUGUGAAAACAACAUUUAUUAGUGUACAAUUGUUUUUGUUAUGCCUGUGAUAUUUGUAUUUCAAGGGAGGUAACUCUGUUGCGCUGAUCAUUGGUUGUGAACUAGUUUGCCUUUCUGACAAUCCACCAUUUUUGUAAACCGCAGUAUUUUCCCUGCCGUAGUUAGUUUGUACUUUUGCACAUGUUUGUAUUUUUAGAACACCAAUGUUGGUAUUAUUGUAUAAUACUUGGUGUACAUGUAUUGGGUCUACAACAUAAAUAUGGAGUUUGUGAAAUUGUAAUUUUAUUAUGUGUGGAAAAUGUUAAUAAGUUAUUGUUACGAACUAUUAAAAAUAUAUUUGUAUAUAUUUAAAAGAAUAAAGUGAUAGA